CAAGCACUUUGUCAUCCACCAGAUGCUUCUUUGUCCUUUGCCUACAGAUAAAUAAAGUCAAGAGGAUAAAAAUGCAUGAAACAAAUGUUUCAAAGAAAUUAAGAAAAUAAAUGUUAUGCAAGGCACUUGGGUGCCACAAUGAAUACGUCUUAUUCAAAAAUAAUGGAAGAUUCCCAUUUCAACUCAUCAUACUUUUGGUCUCCCGUACCAACAGUGCAAGGACAGAUUGAGAACGCCAUGUUUCUGAACAAGAUGAAAGAACAGCUGGGGCCGGACAAGGGCGCUUCUUUUCCGCACUCGUCCGCGGCGCACUACCCUACGGCAGUGCUGACGGUGCCAGGCUCGGUCGCCAUGGACACGGGAACCAUCGGGAGGGUGCCGAAGCAAGAGGGUGGUGGUGGAGGAGGAGGGGGCGGGACAGCAGGGGCGCAAAUGACUACCGUGGGAGCACACCUGCACCCACCUCACACGUCCCAGAACAUCACAGUGGUGCCCGUACCAUCUACUGGCAUCAUGACGGCAGCGGGGUUAGUGAUCACGACUCCUCAGGGCACACUGGUCACUCCUCCUGCAUCUUCUCAGUCUUUUGUUUCUGGUCCGCCAACAACGACCAUGAUAGUGUCCGCUCUGCACCCAACAAACACAGAGGCUGUCCGGCCCCCUUCCCUCUAUCUCCACAGCCACUACAAGAAAGAGGAUGGCAGUAUCCCACCUGCUGUAGUCAUGCCAGUUCCCGCAAAGCGGGGGAGAAAGAAGAAGUCCAUGAUGCAAAGGGCAGGUCCUGUUUCAGCCCACGCACUCGCCACAGGAAGUGAUGCGCUGAUUCUUGCGCACCUGGCCGCUGGGGGACAGCACAACACAAGUGACCCGUAUGACCUCUCCAACGAUGAGGAUGAUCAUCAAGGAAAAGAUGGAAACAAGUCCUACAGGUGCCGGAUGUGUGCGGUGACGUUCUUCAGCAAAUCAGACAUGCAGAUUCAUGCCAAGUCCCACACGGAGGCGAAGCCGCACAAGUGUCCUCACUGCUCUAAAUCCUUCGCCAACUCCAGCUAUCUGGCGCAGCACAUCCGCAUCCACAGUGGCGCCAAACCCUACACCUGCUCCUACUGCCAGAAAACCUUCAGACAGCUCAGCCACCUACAGCAGCAUACACGAAACCACACAGAGGGCAAACCGCACAAGUGUCCUCACUGCUCCAAAUCGUUUGCCAACUCCAGCUACCUGUCCCAGCACAUCCGCAUCCACAGCGGGGCCAAACCCUACACCUGCUCCUACUGCCAGAAAACCUUCAGGCAGCUCAGUCACUUACAGCAGCAUAACAGGAUUCACACUGGUGAUCGGCCGUACAAGUGUGUUCAUCCCGGCUGUGAGAAAGCUUUCACCCAACUAUCAAACCUCCAGUCUCAUCGAAGACAGCACAACAAGGACAAGCCAUACAAAUGUCACAAUUGUAACCGCGGUUACACAGAUGCGACCAGUUUGGAGGUUCACUUGUCUACACAUACGGUGAAACACGCCAAACUCUACUCCUGUGGCCUCUGCAACCGCGCAUACACAUCCGAGACGUACCUGAUGAAACACAUGCGAAAACACAACCCAGACCCUCUGACGGUAGCGGCCGCAGUGGCUGCCCAGCAAGCCCAACAGGGCCAGAACCCGGCUCAGCCCUCGGGCGGAGGAAGCGGCAGGGGUCGCGGGCGAGGCAGGGGCGCCGGGGCUGCUGCAGCCAGGGCAGGAACAGUGGUGCAAGCGCAGAACCAGCCCAAUCCCACCCCACCAACCAGUUACUCUGUUACAGAGGGAAUACCCUGCCCUUUCGACCUGCAUCAGUACAAGACCGUGUCGGCUGGAGAGAUCCAGUACAAGCCGGUCAGCGUGGCCGACCUGACGGCCCACAAAGACCUCUGCCUCACCGUCUCCACCUCUGCCAUCCAAGUGGAGCACAUGAACUCGUAGAAGAACUCGAGGAGAAUGAGAGCGUGGAGGUGGGGUGAGGAGAAAUGGACCAUGAGUUGGGAAGGAAAUAAAAACACUGCCUUGGGACAGAGGAGGAUUUCCAAAUACAGACUGUCAGGACGAAGGGAGGGGAGGAUGGCAGAUGGAGGAGAAAAGGAGAGAUGAAGGAGGAGCAAAUUAACUCUUUGAGUUGUCUUUCUUUAGACUUGCUUUGCAGUGUCACAAAAAAGGCCUUAAGCUGUAAUGAUGACUAUUUUCAGUUAGCAGUUAUUUUAAUGUAUACAAUACUCAACCCCUUUUGCCACUAUAAAGUGCAACAGUCGGCUUCUGGAAGUAAAAAUCCCAUUCAUUUGCGAACAAAUGAUACUGGCUGUUACUGCUAGUGGGUUUGGUGUCUCGUGUUUAAAAUCCAAUGACACUGGUAGUGACGAUUCUCUCUGACCAAUCAGUGAUCUGCAGUGUUUACACGUCACAUUUAAGGGGCUUUCACACUGGCAGUUUAGUUUGAAACGGGGCACGGUUCGGAUGAAAAGUCACUACUGUGAAAGCUGUCAUGCGAACCUGGGUGCGCACCGGGGUACAGAACCCAAGACUACCUGAAGGAGGUUACACUCGAACUGUGCCGCGGUUCGCGUGAAUAUAAAAGCAACACAGACUCAGGUGCGCACUUGUUCAGAAAGUAAAGUAACCUGCGCAUGCGUUUUCGCUGAUUAUAAUGUGUUUACUUCAAUAUAACACAUGUAAGAGAUGAUAGUGUUGAUGAUUUACCUUGGAUUAGAGAAGGAGUGAGCCUGCAGCGUAUUCGCGCUUUGCGAGUGCAAUCAAAGCGGCAAAUUAAUGGCAAUCAGCUGUCUCCUCAAAAUAGUCUGUUUGCAAGCAGGUGGUACUAAUUAAGAGAGCCGUACCAUUCCGUAUGGAGGCGUCCCAUGCAGUGGAAAAGCGCCAUAAGAGUUUCCAAUAAUUUGAGAGCCAAACAUUGACGUAACUGACUACAUAACCUGCCUAUAAACAAAAUAUGGUCUUACACCUAAUUUUGAGAACAUAUUUUAACAUCCAAGUAAUUUGAUUCAGCAUCUUUAUGCCACUGCCAGCUAGUGUUGUCAAAAGUACCAACUUCGGUACCAAGUCGGUGCGGAAUUUUUUAAAAAUGUGACGAUAACUGCAUUUCCCCCUAGCAUUUUGAAUUCUUAAACCCCUCUGAUUGGCCAUUGUGUUCACGUGCUCAACAGAUAUGUCUGUGAUUGGCUACAAUCAUCAGCGCUUCUCUUUUACGCUCUUCACCGAGCGCUUACACAGAUACACACGGGAGCGUUUGAAAGCAGGCAUCUAAUAUCCCUAAUAUAUCCGCUGAUAGACACCUGCUUUCAGACGCUCCCGUGUGUAUCUGUGUAAGCGCUCAGUGAAGAGCUGGCUUUGACAUAAUAGUCUAUAUAAAUAAAAUUGAUAGUACAUCAAAUCGCACAUAUGUUUUCAAAUGAUUCCAUUUCAAAGAAUAAAGCACUAUGUUAGUGGAAAAGGGAUAAUUGAGCAAUUUUUUUAUUUUAUGAUAAAAUUUGUCCAUGAUCUGAUUUUUUUCUCUACAUAGCACAUUUCUUCAUCACAACCUAGAUGAACACACAAAACAAAAAGUAAUUUUGCUUCAGGGAUUGUGCGAGUAUGAAUAAAAACACUAUGAUAUACAUCAUAAUAGAGAAGUCGUCUAUCGCAACUUCCGUUUCAUGACGACUUUAAGUAGCAGUUAAAAAAGACUACCACAUGCUUUUAUCAAGCUGUGAAAACCAGCGAUGUUACAAAUUCAUACCUGUAGCAUUUAAACAGGUCAAUAGUAAUAGUUCACCCAAACAUUAAAAGUAAUUUACUGUUCCAAAUGAUGUUCCAAAUCCGUAUGACUUUGUAAGCGCUUAUGAAGUGUUAAUGCCUUUUAUGACACUGCUUUGCAGGCCUGCUGAUUGACAUUUCAAGUAAAUGCGUAACUGGUUUGUCACUACCUGUUGGAAAGAGGUGGCUAAGACUGCACUAAAGGGGAGAAGGAUAAAACAAGCUAAUGGUUUAUGGGAGAUGGCACUUAAAUGAACUUUUUUUAUUCAUUAUUUCUGUUUUCGUCAUUACAUUUUAGCCAUUUAUCAUAUGUAUUUUUCUAUUGUCCUUGUGUAUGUAUGUUUGUAUGUGUUUGAGUGUGUGAAGGGUUGUUUGAAAGAGCAUGUAAGAGAACAUGUUAAGAAGGAGAUGAAUGUGUGAAAACAUCUAUAAAGUUGUCAUAUUUUCUUUCUUUUUCUUUUUUUUUUAAAAAAACCCUGAAGAGUUUAGUCAUUUUAUAUUUUCUUGACCUUCCUUACAAAGAGUUUUUGUUUUUUGUUUUUCAGAAAGGAAGGGAGGGGGAAAAAUAUUGUGCAGACAACGAUUUGGUUACCAGGUACUAUUUAGUAGUGUUUUUUUAAAACCUUUAAUACCAGUUAUUAUUAUAUUAACUGUUCUUUUUUAUGCAAUUAUUACUAUCAUCAUCAUCAUUAUCCAUUGAGAGUUACUCUGCGUGUGUGUAUAUAUAUAGAGAUGACGUGUUCAUUCAAAAAGGGAAGGAUUGUCUUUCUGGUCCAGCUGAAAUAUGAUUUUUAAAAAAUGUAUUAAAGGCAACAUUAGAGAUCAGAGUAUGGGAUGUUAACAUAUUGCUAAACCAUCCAAUCACUGACCUACAUGAUGCCAUCUGUGUCCAGUAAGCAGCCAGGUGAUUGGCUGAUCCUCCAUGUAUAAUCCUCGCUGUAUCCAUAUAUGUCUUUGGAAAAUAACACGGUUCUCGAUAUUAUUAUUAAUGUUACUUCUGUCACUCCUAAUACUUAUUAUUAACUACUCUUUAAGAUGACUUUGCUGUAUAGAUCAACACUCAUUCAUCUGACGUAACUGUUUCUCCUAAUAUGAACAAUAAAAAAAGAUAAACACA